GCGACAUGCAACAUCAAUAACAAACCAGCAAACCCCGAAGGAACAGACAUAUGGAGCACCCACGACCCGGCAUAACAACCCACAUGAGGAAAGGUCAUCACACACACCAAAUGGACCUCUACACCCACUUGAUACUCCCUACUCCCUCUGUUUCCCGCUCCCAACUCCCAUGGCACCCCAAGCUCCUCCCGAACGGAGCACCACAAUUUUAUGUCAA